CUCUUGUUUUCUCGCUUUCCUCGUGAUUUUGUGGUGUUUUCCCUGAAGAAAUGGCUGCGAUUAGCUUGCUGAAUCCCAAGGCAGAGUUCGCCCGUGCCGCCCAGGCGCUGGGCAUCAACAUCUCGGCGGCAAAGGGUCUGCAAGAGGUGAUGAAGCCCAAUUUGGGCCCCCGAGGAACCCUCAAAAUGUUAGUUUCCGGCGCUGGAGACAUCAAGAUCACCAAGGACGGCAACGUCCUGCUGCACGAGAUGCAGAUCCAGCAUCCCACGGCGUCGCUGAUCGCGCGCGCCAGCACCGCGCAGGACGACAUGACGGGCGACGGCACGACUUCCACGGUGCUGCUGAUCGGGGAGCUGCUGAAGCAGGCGGAGAUCUACGUGGCCGAGGGCCUGCAUCCGCGCCUCAUCACGGAGGGCUUCGAGAAGGCGCGCGACCGCACGCUCGAGGUGCUGGACGGGAUGAAGGUGGCGGCGACGAUCGACCGCAAGGGCUUGACGGACGUGGCGCGGACGUCGCUGGCGACGAAGGUGCGCGCGGAUCUGGCUGAGGUGCUGACGGACGUGUGCGUGGGCGCUGUGCUGGCCAUCAAGGGCGCCGACGACAAGCCCGUGGAUCUGCACAUGGUGGAGUUGAUGGAGAUGCAGCACAAGACGGCCACGGACACGCAGCUGAUUGAAGGUCUCGUGCUGGAUCACGGCGCGCGGCAUCCGGACAUGCCGAAGCGCCUGGAGAACGCCUACAUCCUCACGUGCAAUGUGUCGCUGGAGUACGAGAAGUCCGAGGUGAAUUCGGGCUUCUUCUACAAAACCGCCAGCGAUCGGGAGAAGUUCGUCCAAGCGGAGCGCGAGUUCAUCGAGUUGCGCUGCAAGAAGAUCAUCGAGCUGAAGAAGAAGCUCUGCGACGGCACGGACAAGACGUUCGUGGUGAUCAACCAGAAGGGCAUCGACCCCAUGUCGCUGGACAUGCUGGCCAAGGAGGGCAUUCUGGCGCUGCGACGCGCCAAGAGGCGCAACAUGGAGCGUCUGGCGCUGGCGUGCGGCGGAAGCGCCAUGAAUUCCGUCGAGGAUCUGCAGGAGUCGCAUCUGGGCUACGCCGGGCUGGUGUACGAGCACGUGCUGGGCGAGGACAAGUACACAUUCGUGGAGAAGUGCCGCAAUCCGCAGUCCGUGACGAUUCUGAUGAAGGCGCCCAACAAGUACACGCUCACGCAGAUCAAGGAUGCCGUGCGUGACGGCCUGCGCGCCAUCAACAACGCCGUGGACGACAAGUGUCUCAUCCCGGGCGCCGGAGCCUUCGAGAUUCGCGCCUACAACGAGCUGAUGAAGUUCAAAGACACCGUCAAGGGCAAAUCCCGCCUCGGCGUUCAGGCGUUCGCCGAGGCGCUGCUCGUGAUCCCGAAGACGCUGGCGCUGAACUCGGGCUACGACGCCCAGGACACGAUCGUGAAGCUGCAGGAGGAGGACAGACUCAGUCCGGAUCCCGUGGGCUUCGACAUCUACAGCGGCGAACCGAUGAAGCCCGUGGACUUGGGCGUGUACGACAAUUACGUGGUGAAGCGCCAGAUCGUGCGCUCGUGCUCCGUGAUCGCCAGCAAUCUGCUGCUCGUGGACGAGAUCAUGAGGGCCGGAAUGACGAGCCUCAAGGGCUAGAGGCGAUUCGC